AUGGUAAUGUCUAUUCGUAGUAAUAACAUCUGUGGUACUGAUAUGCCUAUACUUUCUCAUUGGUCACGCAUUCACGUACAUAAUGCUCAUUAUUAUCGUCAUACUAUUGGUGGCCCUAUUCAUCGCAUACCGGGUCCGGAGGCCAGGGAUACUGUUCCCAAUGAGGGCCACGACAUCAGUAAAGUUUCCCAAUUCAUAUGCCAUGCAUGUCAUACCGGGGCCGCAAUUGCCCCACAUUUAUCGCACCGACCGGAAUAACCCGCAUAAGCCUGAUAACAGUUUUUAUUACUCAUAUCCCGGUCCAUAUACUGUACCGGUUUAUCAUGGUGAUAAUGCUGCUAGUGCUAAUGUUAAUAAUAAUAAUAAUGCUACAGAAUGUAAAGUGGUUAAAUAAGCAUGGCAGUUUUUGUUAAAAUGUUUGUGGAUUAAU